AUGCGGUUACCAUGUGCUUCUAGCCGUGUGUUCCGGCAAGUGCGAGCGCCAUUGGCUCUCCUCCGCAGGGGCCAGAGGCACGCUCUGCAUACCAAACAGUUUGACGCUGCAGUCAUAGGCGGUGGCAUCACCGGUCUCACAGCAGCCUACCAACUAUCGCGCGACCCGUCGUGCUCCAAAGUCACGCUCUAUGAGAAGUCCUCCCACUUGGGAGGCUGGCUCUCAUCCGAGCAGAUCCCCGUCCGCGGGGGACAUGUCGUCUUUGAAUAUGGUCCGCGGACCCUGAGGACGAGUGCUCCCUCGUGCCUUCCCAUGAUGGAUUUGAUAAUGAAUUUGGACUUACUGGAUGAUGUUCUGAUCUGCGACAAGAAAUCGCCCGCGGCCCAAAACCGUUACAUCUACUACCCCGAUCAUCUCGUGCGCCUGCCUUUUCCGCCCACGGAGGGAUUGCUUAAGACAGCCUGGACACUCUUGAUGGAGCCCUUGUUCGAGACCUUUCUACAGAGCGCUUUAUUCGAGAAGCCAAAAAGAGCUGUAGAUGGCGAUGCCCUCUCCCGUGACGAAUCGGUCGCGGAUUUUGUUUCGCGUCGGUUUUCUCCAAAGAUGUCGGAGAACCUUGCUUCUGCGGUCAUGGCUGGCAUUUUCGCGGGAGAUGUAAACCGUCUGAGUGCAGAUAUGGCCAUUGGCUAUGUACGAGAACUUGAAAAGAGAUAUGGGUCUAUAGUGGACGGCAUGAUGACCCAGAGGGCGUCAGAAAUGCGUGCUAUGCCAAUGGAUGAGUUCCUGGCAUUGGAAUCGGUCGCGGUCCCAUCCCACAAGGAUGAUCGAUACUGGAAGAGUCUGCGGGCGGUGGUCUCAGAUGCCAGCGUUCUUACGUUGAAGAACGGCUUGGGACAAUUAACAGAUGCUAUGGCUGCCCAGCUCAGGAGUUCCAAUAACGUGGAAGUUGUGUCGGGAACAGAAGUAACAUCUCUUAGCCAGAAUCCGGAAACUCGGGACUUGACUUCGAAGACUCAUAACCGUGUAAUCGCCACCCACGCGCCCUCGAGUCUCGCCCGACAGUUAGAAAACACAAAGGUGGGUGUCGCACCUUCUGAUACACUCCGCGCCCUGGGACAGAACAACUACGCAGUAACUGUCAUGGUGGUCAAUCUAUAUUACGAGGAUCCAGACCUGGUUCCAGUUCAAGGGUUCGGAUACCUGCUACCUAGCUCGAUUCCGUUUGAAGAGAACCCCGAGCGGGCCUUGGGAGUUAUCUUUGGGUCCCAAUCUAGCGAAGGACAGGACACUGCACCCGGCACAAAGCUCACCGUGAUGAUGGGUGGCCAUUUGUGGGACGGCUGGAGCGAGUCCGACUAUCCCGACCCUGAUAAAGCAGUUGAGAUGGCCCAGGCCUUGCUUCAUAGGCACUUGGGAAUCAAGACGGCUCCGUCUGUGGCACGCGCCCGGUUGCUCCGCGAUGCUAUACCCCAGUACACGGUUGGCCACCUGUCCCGCAUGAAAGAGCUCUCGCAAUCUGUUCGGGAUGAUUUUCAUAAGCGACUCACCUUAGCUGGUGCAUGGUACGGCACUGUGGGAAUUGGCGUAGUAGACUGCAUCAGACAAGGUUACAUAGCCUCGUCAUUUGGUGUUGGCUCCAAGAAACUUGGCCCUGGAGGUGGCCGUCGACCUUGGACCAAGCAUGACUUCCAUAACUGGGAGCUGGAAGGUGGCAUAUGUACUUCCCCAGUUCGGUUCGAUAAUGUUCACAUUACGGAGCGUCAGCAUUACUAG